GCUGUGCCCUUUAGUGGGUACCGUAGAACUUAGUGGCCUAUUCUUUUUCAAGAUGGCUUCCGCAGCGACAGCAGUUUCCAUGGACCCUGGAGCCAAAAUCAACCCAGAUAUUCAGAAAGAGCGAGACACGGCGACAUUCGACCCGUUGCAUCUAACCUACGAACUCGAUGGGGGCAGAGAAGUCACCGAAAGACGGCGAUAUAUCGAAUCGCUGGCUUUCAAUGACCCUGAUUUCGACUGCAAAGAUGUGGCCUUCAUGACCAGAGAAGAAAAUUACACCAACAGCAUCCGGACGGCCGUCCUGUGCAUCAAGAAGUUGAAGGCGCUGGACAUCCAUGACAUCACCGAAGCUAUGUGGUACCGAAGGGCCGCUAACAAGAUCGAAGUGCCCCAGCUAGGGCUGCACGUCAGCAUGGUCAUGCACGCCCUCCGAACCCAGAUGACCAACGAACAGCAAAAGUUCUGGCUGAAGAAAGCUCGCAACUGGGAGUACACAGCCACCUAUGCCCAAACUGAACUCGGGCAUGGAACCUUUUUGCGUGGCCUGGAGACGACCGCGACCUAUGACCCUUCGACUGAGGAAUUUGUCAUGCACAGUCCGACCCUAACGGCCAUGAAGUGGUGGCCUGGCAACCUUGGUAAGUCGGUGACUCAUGCAGUGGUUGCCGCACAGCUGUACACUAAAGGCAAAUGCUAUGGAGUCCACAUGUUCAUGGUGCAGCUGCGAAGUCUGGAAGACCACCAAUCAUUGCCAGGUAUUGAGUUGGGGGACAUUGGUCCCAAGAUGGGCUACGCCAACAUUGACAACGGGUUUCUGCGCUUCACUCACGUGCGAAUUCCACGGGAGAACAUGUUGAUGAAAUAUUCCCAGGUGGAGCCGGACGGUACCUACAAAGCACCCCCUGCAGCCAAGCUUUCCUACGGCAGUAUGAUCUUGAUCCGUAGUGCAAUAGUUGGAAGCAUGGGACGCGUCCUUGCCCAAGCCGUGACCAUUGCUACACGCUACAGCGCCGUCAGACGCCAAUCCGAACUCAUUCCUGGCGCGGGUGAACCGCAGGUGUUGGAUUUCCAGAGCCAACAGUUGAAGCUCUUCCCCCACAUUGCCACGGCCUAUGCUUUCCAGUUUGCCGGCAAGCAGAUGCAUCAGAUGUACGCCGACAGCCUGGACCAAGUCAGCUCCGGAAACUUCAACGUCCUGCCCGAGCUGCACGCAACGGCCGCCGGUCUUAAGGCCUUUACCUCCAGCGUAGCCAUGGCUGGCCUGGAACUCCUCCGAAUGGCCUGCGGUGGCCACGGCUACUCGGCAUCCAGCGGCUUCCCGUUACUGUACGCAAAUGAGUCACCGGCGUGCACCUACGAGGGAGAAAACACUGUCAUGCUGCUGCAGACUGCCAGGUUCCUGAUGAAAUGUGUGCGUCAACUCAAGUCGGGCCAAUCCUUCAAGGGCGCGAUGUCGUACCUCGCAGAGCGCCCCCAGUCGCGCUGCUCAGCCCAGUCGGAGAACGACUUCCUGAAUCCUAAGGUGCUUCUGGAUGCGUACCGCCACAGAGCUCAGAGGAUCGUCUUUCACGCUGCGGAGAAUCUGGACAAAGCGGAAAAGUCCGGCCUGGCUCGACCCCUGGCCUGGAACCAACAACAUCUCUACCUCAUCAGAGCUGCAAACGCCCACUGUCAUCUCGCCGUCGCCGAGAUUUUCUUUGCCGGCGUCCAGCGCUCCGAGGCCCCGGAAGCCGUGAAGAAGGUCUUGAUGACCAUGUUCCAGAUGUACGCCGUCCACGGACUGAGCGAGAAGAGAGGAGAAUUCCUGCAAGACGGCUACAUGACCGGUCAGCAACUGGACAUGGUCGACCGCGUCCUGAUUCGUCUCCUGAAAGAAACUCGUCCAAACGCGGUCACCCUGGUGGACUCCUUCGACAUCCACGACAAGCACAUGGGUUCUGUCAUGGGACGCUACGACGGCAACGUCUACGAGAACAUGUACAAGUGGGCCAAGUCAGCUCCCAUGAAUGACAAAGAGGUCAAGGAUGCCUACCAUCUGUACAUCGGACCCUUCCUGAAGGAGAACAUUGCCAAUUCCAAACUGUAGAGGGCACUCUUGGUGACCUUUGACAUCUACGCCGAGGCAAUCCAAGAGAUCGUUGGUGGCUAAUGACGCGAUAGUGAAGAAUGUAGAUUUCAACAAAUCAUUCAAAGGAUUUAACAGAACAUCUCUCUCAAGUGGUCAUUUGUAUUUUUAACUGUCUAGAAACUUGGGAGUGAAGAUACACACAAUUGAUGCAAAAGAAACCCAAAAAUUGUAGACAAACACUGAUCAGCAUGUUAUGGACCUACAAUUGAGUGAUAAAUAUUUGUUAGACAAUGAUAUAAAUAGGCCUCCCCAAUAAAUCAUUGGAUUUACAUUUAACGUGAAUUUAAUACCAAAAAAUAACAAAUAAUGUCAGAAGUGAAGUUUGAAGUGUAAGAUGAUAUCAAAAACCGAGCAUAGUUUUAAAAGUCUAAUCCAACAUUGUUCUAGUAUCACAGAAGGCUAACGGCAGUUUUCAAUUUUAGUAGUUUCAUGUUUGUUGAUUUUAAAAUGUUUCGUUUACCUUUGGUGAUCAAUAGAUAAAUUUAUUAAUGGAAUCAAGGUUUAAUAAACUAUCUAUUGAAACAUUGUAAACAUUUAUUUUGGUAUCAUAUGGCGCAUUAUUUAGUUGGAGUGUCCUAGAUGUUUAUUUUAUGUCAAUUGGUGGAACAUUAGAUAGAGUGGAUCUGCCUGUUGUAGUGUAGGUUUACUUCUUACUCGCUCUAGAUUUUUUGCCCACAUCGAUGAAUGAAAAAGCCAACAAUUUAGUAUUGCGCCAUAAUCUGUAUAAUACAUGUAUGUAUUUGAAAUUUAUAAACUGAAUCAAUAGUAUGCGUUCAUUUUUAAGUUUCUAAUCUUAGCUGUAAAUUUGUACUUCAAAGCAAGAGAGAUUAAUUGGAUAUAUAUCAUAAGUUUUUUUAAAGUACAUUUUAAGUUGGAUCAAUAUUAAGGGCUCAUUCACCAGUUUUUAAUAUUCAAAAUAAAAUUUGUAAAUUGUAGUACAGUUCAGUAAUUUGACAACACAAGUUCAGACCGAGGGAGAAUUUCAUUUACAGAAAGUUUAGUUUAUUGGAUUCAAAUCAAGAAAAUGAAGUUUAAUUUUGCUGUGUGCAGCUACUUGAGCAUACGUGCUUGAUUGUAACAACAUUUUUCUAAUAAAUAAUACAUGUAGUAUUCUGCAUAAAUUUGCAUGUAAUUAUUUAGCACUGGUUAAUAAUUAACACCAAUGAAUAAAUAUUAAAAGAGAUUUACUAGAUGACAAAUU